AUGUCGCUGAAAGAGUGCGUUCCACUUGAGGGCUUCAUGUGGCAGGAUCGCCCGACCGUACUUCGCAGCCUGGAGCAUGACAAGCUUGUUUUGAAAGCAUUCGUCAAGAAUGGUUUACCCAUUUGCCCUGGAAACAUUGGCUAUGAGCUUAACAUUGUGACCAUGGUUGCCGGACAAGAACUCGGUUUUUACCGACUUCUUCCAGGGGGGAGGGGGAAGCCCAAGGAUAUCGGUGGACGAGAGUAUCAGUUUCUCUCCACCCUGGCCGAAGAUGUCCGCAUUGGUCGUCGCAUGCCGAAGCACGUCUUCAUCGAGUUCUUCCGCGAGCUUGUCAACGCUCGCAGCGGUUUCUUGACCCACCACCCGGACUACACCGGAACUAUCUCCUCGGUUGCCGAGAAGAUGGACAUUUUUCUGAGGAAAACAGAGGGGCACUAUUCCGAGGUCGAGCUUUCCAAGCGACUUGAGGAGGAAAUCCUGAAGGCAGAGGGUGGACAGGGACCUGUGGCUGCAGAGCAAACUGGAGGAGCGGCAGGAGGUUCAGAGGCGAUGGAUCUCUCUUAG